AUGGCCUCUCAUUCUCCGAAAAGAGAAUUAGGCCCUUUCCUAAGUCAUCUCAUUCUGAUUCUGAUAUCCAUCAACCCUUCACACCAAUUUGAAUACAAGGAAGAGCACAACUCUUAUCGGUUCCUCCCUCAACUAAAUCCGAGGCUCUCAAAAGCCUACAUAGCACUCCAAGCAUGGAAGCAUUCAAUAGUCUCAGACCCAAAGAACAUGACCCUCAACUGGUGUGGACCCCACGUGUGCAACUACACCGGAGUUUACUGUGCACCAGCACCAGAUAACCCCCACAUAUACACCGUUGCAGGAAUUGACCUAAACCAUGGCAACAUAGCUGGUUCGUUGCCACAACAACUUGACCUCUUAACUGACCUGGCACUCUUCCACAUCAACUCUAACCGAUUUUGUGGCUCCCUCCCAACAACCUUCAACGGCCUCAAACUCCUCUUCGAGCUUGACGUCAGCAACAACGAUCUCUCUGGCCCCUUUCCAGAAGUUGUUCUAUGCCUCCCUUCUCUCAAAUACUUAGACAUAAGGUUCAACAACUUCCACGGCGCUAUUCCCACGCGCCUCUUCGACCUCAAACUCGACGCGCUCUUCGUCAACAACAACAACUUUCAGUUCUCCUUGCCAGAGAAUUUCGGAAACUCAACUGCCUCGGUUAUUGUGUUCGCCAACAACAAUCUGAGGGGAUGUUUCCCCUCGAGUGUGGCGAAGAUGAAGGACACGCUGAACGAGAUCAUAAUUACGAAUAGCGGGAUAACGGGUUGUUUACCUCGUGAGAUAGGGUUGUUGGAGAGAGUAACGGUAUUCGAUGUGAACUUCAACAAGAUCGUUGGGGAAUUACCAGAAUCAAUUGAAGGGAUGAAGAAGUUGGAACAGUUGAACGUGGCGCAUAACAUGCUGUUUGGCACCAUUCCCGAGAGUGUGUGCAACUUGCGGAGGCUGCAGAACUUUACGUACUCCUAUAACUACUUCUGCGAUGAAUCUCCGCUGUGUUUGAAGCUUCCAGAUAGUGAUGAUCGCAAGAACUGUAUUCCUUAUAGGCCACUACAAUGGUCCCUUCAAGAAUGUGCCGCUUUUUAUAAACAUCCGGUCCAAUGUGCUGCCUUUGGUUGCUCAACAACUGCACCGGCGUCGCCAGCAGCACCACCACCUUCACCUCCACCUCCACCUCCACCACCGCCUCCACCACCACCUCCUCCUCUACCUCCAUCACCUCCACCACCACCGCCAUACUACCAGUAUCCGUGAAGGCGU